ACCAGUUCUACAAAUCACUGUUGUAUCAAGCACGAGCACAUUAGCAUCAACGGCUAGUGACCCUCCCACACAUGCGUAGUAGAGAUGGUGACCUUGGAACGCACUCUACCCGGAAAUACCGUGCGGCAUUGGAACGCACAACAGCCGUAAACAAAGCGUCUCCAGGCGACGCCACAUUACGUCUCUCAUAAGCUCGGACGGCUGACAGGAUCAUCAGAACUGUGGCUAUGGGAAAGAAAGCUGAGAAGCUGAAAGACAAGACACUGAAAGAAAAUGAGAAUGACUCCCAAAGUGCAGGUGUUGGUCCCCAAGACAAAACAUCACUGUCAGCUGAUGACUACCAGUGCACUGGAAACCUCGAACAAGACUUCACUGAGCUCUGUAGGCGCCUGGGCUAUACAGAAUUUCCAAGAGUUGUGAACCGACCGCGAAUGCCCAGUACACCGACAUCUGAGAAAACUGCCUUUGCAGAUGAUACAGACUGGACUUCAGACAAAGACAGCCCGAUUGCCCAUAUCAAAGACCGCUUCUCGUACUUCAAGCCAAGUAUCCAAAUUGAAGUGGACAAUGAAGAUGGGAGAUCUGUGCGGGAAAUUUCUAUCAGAGGAUGGAAAAUUGAUGAUAAAAUGAUGGGCAUAUUCUCAAAAUGUUUACCUGUUCUCACCAGUCUCCACAAAAUCAGGCUGUGGAACGUUGGCCUCACAGAUGACACAUUCUCUUCUUUCCUUACCAUUCUGCACUGCUGUCCAAGCAUCAGGGUUUUUGCACUGGAAGGUAAUCCACUGCUUCAGCAGUCUUAUUACAAGCUGAUCUCAGAUGAUAUAGUGCUUUCCCAAAUAUUCUUGAGAAACAACAAAAUUAAUGAUGAGGGGGCAAGACUAAUUAGUCAAGCUUUGCGAAGCCUGAAGAUGACCAACAAAAACCUAGCUUCUCUUGUGCUGAGCUACAAUCAUAUCACAGACGAGGGAGCCCGGCACAUUGCACAGGCCUUAAGAUUCAAUCGAUCUCUACUUUCCCUAAAUCUUUCAAGCAAUCAGAUUGGUGAUGAAGGGGCUCUGGCUUUGGCAGAGGUGCUGGGCCAUUUCCCAUUAACACAUGCUGAGAUUGUAGAGAGGAGACGGCUCCUGCUGGAGAAGGAAGCUCAGGAACAGCCAAGAUCGCCAACAACCUCCCGACACGCUGAUUCCAAAAGUGACAGACCACCUAGUCACCAUAGCAACUCGGCUAUUGAGAAAGGGGAUAAAGCCCAGGCACAGAAGACCAAACAGAGCAUAAAGAAGAAGGAGAAGGAGACCCAGAAAAAGGAGGAGAAGUCAGCUAGCAACAUAACAAGUGGAACCUCCAAUGCAGCUGCCCAAGCCAGUGGAUCAAACAAGAAAGACGACCUCAAAACAGCCAAAAAACAGUUAGCCAAUCCCGACCAGAAAAACACACGAGGAGAACCUGUUAAAUCUGCCACCAGACGUGCUCCUCUACCAGAGCAAGAGCAAGCAGAGCCCGUGGAAGUAACAAAUCCGUUAUUGGAACAAGCAGAAUUCCGUGAUGGGAAAGUAUUUCUGCCAGGAAACAAAGUUGUUAUUAGUUUGAACAUCUCACGAAACAAGAUUUCAAAGCUUGGCUUGAAAGGCUUUCUGACAGCAAUGGAGACCCAGAUAGAGGAGACAAAGCCCAUUCCUGGUACCAGGUGCCACACAGGACUGUUGAGGCUGGCUGUGGGGAACAACAAUUUUCCUGCCGACUGUCCAACUUUAAUGCGACUCCAGGAGAUCCUGCUGCCCAGAGAUCCCAUACAGAAAUCCUACAAAUCUUCUGAAGAGGAACAAUCGAUGUGAUCAGAUACAAGGUGUAAUGGGCAUGCAUUGGGUGAUCAGUGGAGCUGGGAGCGAUUGCUGGACAUUGGAAACAAGCUCUGUGUAUACCAAGUUUUCAAGUGAACCUGUGCUUACCCUUACCUGAAGUGAUACUAAAUACACACUGUUUAAUUUACAUUACCCCCUUCUCUUUCUGUAUAUGGAUGAUGGCACUAUAUUUUAAUAAAAAA